AUGUCCAGUAAAGUCCCUGUACACAGAUUGCCACCUCUGCCAAGACUGAAGGUGAAGAAACCUAUCAUUCAACAGGAAACAAAUAAAUGUUUGGUACUCAUGUCCAAUCUGCUACAAUGCUGGUCAUCUAACGGCCACAUGAACCCAGCCUGCGAGAGUUUGGUCAGCGAAUUGAAACUGUGCUCGUCGGAAAAAGCGAUGGGAAAAAAUUCUGGAGUUCAAAAGAGCAACAUCAACUAUCAUGCGGCCAGACUUUACGACCGGGUUUCUGGUAAACCUCACGAUUGA